CCGUCUCAGCGGCCACCUGGGAGGUAGAGGCUAUCCUGGUCCCGUCUUUACAGAGGCAGACCCAGAUGGGAGCCCCGGUGUCUGGGGCAGGCUGGGGCCUCUGGCCUCCCUGCCUCCAGGCCCCUUGUUCCCUCCUGUUCUUUCCUGUUCUCUCCUCCGGGCAGCCCCCAGCCAGGGGUGCGGAGCGUCGGCCCUGGAGGACGUGAAGGAUUCACGCGUCUCUCUUUUCCUUUCAGGUCUGAGCGAUGAGCUUUCCAGGCUACCCCCCCGCGGCGGGCGGCUACCCCCCGGCAGCCCCAGGUGGUAACACCUGGGGGGGCACCCCCUACCCCCCCACCAACAUGCCUCCUAUCGGGCUGGACAACGUGGCCAACUACGCUGGGCAAUUCAACCAGGACUAUCUUUCAGGGAUGGCCUCGAACAUGGCAGGGACAUUUGGAGGAGCGAACAUGCCAAAUAUGUAUCCCGGAGCACCUGGAGGUUUUCCUCCCAUUCCUCCUGGGAGCUUUGGGCAGCCCCCUCCUGCCCAGCAGCCAGUCCCCCCUUAUGGAAUGUACCCGCCUCCUGGAGGAAACCCACCCUCAGGAAUGCCAGCUUACCCAGGAUACCCCGGAGGCCCUGUGCCAGGCCAACCCAUGCCUCCUGCACAACAGGCUCCAGGGGCCUAUCCCAGCCAGCCACCAAUGACCUAUCCAGGCCAGCAACCGAUGCCACCACCGUGCCAGCAGCCAAUGCCACCUCCUGGGCAACAGCAGCCGAUGCCAACCUACCCUGCAUACUCAGGAUCUGUCACCCCAGCCGUCCCUCCAGCCAAGUUUGGGAAUCGAGGCACCAUCACAGAUGCUCCAGGCUUUGAUCCCCUGAGGGAUGCUGAAGUCCUGCGGAAAGCUAUGAAAGGAUUUGGGACGGAUGAAGACGCCAUCAUCGAAUGCCUUACAAGGCGCUCCAACAAGCAGAGGCAGCAGAUUCUUCUUUCCUUCAAAACAGCAUAUGGGAAGGACCUGAUCAAAGAUCUCAAAUCAGAACUCUCAGGGAAUUUCGAGAAGACCAUCCUGGCUUUGAUGAAGACUCCUGUGCUUUAUGAUGUCUAUGAAAUAAAGGAAGCCAUCAAGGGAGCUGGCACAGAUGAAGCAUGCCUCAUUGAGAUCCUGGCCUCCCGCAGUAACGAGCACAUCCGAGAAGUCAGCAGAGCCUACAAAACAGAAUUCAAGAAGACGUUGGAGGAGGCCAUUAGAAGUGACACAUCAGGGCAUUUCCAGAGACUUCUCAUCUCACUUGCUCAGGGAAACCGAGAUGAAAGCACAAAUGUGGAUUUGUCCCUGGCUCAGAGAGAUGCCCAGGAACUGUAUGCAGCUGGAGAGAAUCGCCUGGGCACCGACGAAUCCAAGUUCAACGCCAUCCUGUGUGCAAGGAGCCGAGCUCACCUGGCAGCAGUUUUCAAUGAGUACCAGAGAUUGACCAACCGGGAUAUUGAGAAGAGCAUCUGCCGGGAGAUGUCCGGGGACUUGGAACAGGGCAUGCUGGCCGUGGUCAAGUGUCUCAAAAACACGCCCGCCUUCUUCGCCGAAAGACUCAACAAAGCCAUGCGGGGAGCAGGCACGAAGGACAGAACUCUCAUCCGGAUCAUGGUGUCUCGCAGCGAGAUCGACCUGCUCGACAUCCGCGCCGAGUACAAGAGGCUCUACGGCAAGAGCCUGUACCACGACAUCACGGGAGACACCUCCGGAGAUUACCGGAAAACCCUGCUGAAAAUAUGUGGAGGCAAUGAUUGAAGCCGUGCACUCGCUUUCCGACAAAGAAGAGGGAAAGGAAAGAAGCCGAGUCCCCCACUCAGCUCCCCCCACCUCCCUCUGCCCCCCCAAAAAAACACAACAACAACCCCAGACCUUGUAGAUUCCCGUCUCUGCCCCAUCCCUUCCCUCCCCUAAAGGCAUAUCAGUGAAGGACUUUACUAGACACCUUAGGACUUUCUCAGGAUAUUUUUUCCCUCAUCGCCCGCCACCCAGCCACCCGCUUCCUGCUGCUGAAGUAGGCGAGGGGCUUCUUCCCGCACGCUCACGCGCCCCCCUCUUCCUGUGCCCCCUCAGGGACGGUUAGCUCAUGUAGACCUUUUUGUGUUGGGAAGCCACGUUUCCUUUUUUUUUAACCGCUGUUGCCAUCCGCACGUCUUUUAUUUUUUUAGCCGUAAACAUUUCUGGUGCGCGGGAUGACGGGUUCUCUCGGAGGGCGCGGGAAGGCCCGUCUGUGCACCCCCCUGAGUCUGGAGGGCCGCGACCGUGAGAACAGUCAUUGCCAAACGCUCACAGAUACCACCUAGACCCCGUGUCUGCCCAGUGCCUUCAGCGCCCGCUCGCCAAUGACCGAAGCACCUUCGCUUUGGUGUCUGCCUUAAGCCUGAAUGUCUGUAGUUGGACUUUGUUAUCCGAUUAAAGCCAUCUCCCUUCUAA